AUAAGCUUCAGUCUGCCUGGACUCCUUUCACACAGAGACUGAGCUCCUGUCUGCAUUGUCUGCACUUCAGAGAAACCAGCAGCUGUACAAUCAAGACUCACUGCAAACUCCAGACUCAUUAGCAAUACAGUUAUUUUUUCUGUAGGUUACCAAGUCCAGCUGAGGAAUGGAUCGCAAAGCUGCGUACGCUUCACUGGUGGAAGGGGUGCAACACUUUGUCUGUCCUGUCCAGAGUGAAAUACCAACAAGCUCACUGUCAGUUAGUGAAGAGUACAAAACAAAAUUUCUGGAGUCAGUUUUCCUCUUUCUGAAACAAGGGGUCGGCUCGAUUGAUUCACUCACAACGUUUCUGCUGACUGCAGACAAAGACCACAUGGAACAGGACUAUAAGAAAAUCAGGAGCAUGAUUGAAGAAGCUACCCAGAGCAUGUCAAAAGCAGAGACAGUUUCCAAAUAUCAACUCGCAAAGGUUGAUGAAAAAUAUUUGGUGUUAACUACAGAGAAGAGCAAUCUAGAAAGGGAACAAACCAACAAGACAACAGAAUUGAAUAAUCUGAAAACCAGCCUUGCAUCUCACAAUGAAAACUUGACGAAAAGUGGACAUGCUUUGGAGGAGGCAAAUCGACACAAACAAAUUGCACAACGAGACCUUGAUAAUGCCAGAGCAAAUUAUUAUGAAGAAGAAGAGAAAAGGAACAUCGGAAUUGGAUUGAUGUUCGUACCCUUUUUUGGGCCAAUAGUUGGAGGCACCAUGAUUGGCAUUUCUCAAACGGCCAUGAACAAUGCAGCGGAUGUUACCAGGAAUGCAGAAGCUGCUGUGUAUAAGUGGAGAGAUGAAGUCAACAACUAUUCAAACAAAGUGGCCAGAUACUGUGAUCUCGUAAAAGGUAAGCAGAAUGAAAUCUCCAACACCAGAAGCCAUUUGCAGGAGAUUGAUUGCACGCUGCAGCAGUUGUCCCAGAAGCGGACAGCCACUGCUGAAGUGCAGAAGAAGCUCCGAGAUGCCACCCACUUCCUGAGCACCCUGGCUGGAAGAGUGCAGGUGGCCGAGGUGCAGACCAGGAGCGUUCUCUUUUUCGAUCCUCUGAUCACCAUACUGGAGGACAUAUCUCAGCACAUAUACCAGCUCUCAGGGAACAAGAAAUACCAACUUCUCUACCAGCAGGAUAUCAAACCCAUGAUAGACAGGCUGAAGGAAAACAAUCCUAAACUCAAAGCUAUCUGCAACACAGGCGAUGGGCAGUUUUACUAAGAGCUUCCCCUGUACUGUUAGUGCUUUACGCUGUUUGCAUUUCUCAUUUAAGAUGUCAAAUCUAAUUGAUUAUUUUUGUGGAAAUUAGGCUUUUGUGAAAAGCGGAGUAACUUUGCAACUGUUAGCAGUGCAGGUUUAUGUUAUAAGUAGGGGUUCUGAUUUUCGAGGGAUUUUUUUUAAUUGCGUAGAAUUAUUUAAUGAAAAAAAUAGUGAAAUUAGGUUAGUUUUAAGGAUGUCAAAUUCCCAAAUAUUGUAAUAAGUGGCUGUGUCUUGGUACUGAUGUCAUCUUGAUCAAUAUGAAUUGGUAAGGGGAAUAACUUUUAUACUUGGGAUUGUAAUCGGUGUGUGGAUUUUGUUCUUGUUUGUUGCUGUGUCAAUCUCAGUUGUCUCGAUUCAUAUGAUGUGUUCACAUUAAUUGAAUCAUUCUAGAUGCCUGUCUUUAUAUUGAGCAUUCAUUCUGUGAUCUUCUGAAUGCCCUGAGGAAGGCUUGAUUUGCCUUGCAGUUUGUCUCACCAAAGUUUUCUGAAAUCUCAAUGUUUGUUGUUCAGGAUGUGAAAUAAAGCAAAUUGAAUGACCAA